AUGCCUCUUGAUACCAGGCAAUGGGACUUGCCUCUAGGCUUCAAUCCUCAAGCUUGCUUUGAGGAUAUAUCAGCUACAGCUAGGUCUGUCCAUCCUGGAAUUCCUCUCCCUGAGCUUGGGAAGCUAUACACAGCUGAGCUUCAGGCUCGCUGUUUCCAGCCACCACUGUUUAGUCAUGAUAAGGAGUCUUGUGGAAAACAAUUCUCACGGUCUGACUUGCGGUCUUGGUGCGCUGCUGCUGCUGCUACUACUACUCCACAUGGAGCAGCAUUAGAGUCUUCUCAGAAAAGACUUAUGAUAUUCGAUCAGUCAGGAAACCAGACUCGUGUACUACGAUGUCCGUUUCCUCUACAGUUUCCAUCUCCUGAGCCAGUGAGAUUACUCGGUGUAGAGAAAUGUUUCAAGGAAGAUUGUGUUACUUCGAAAGAGUUUGAUGAGAGCCAUUUAAAUGGGAAAGAAUCAGAAAUGCAUGAAGACACUGAGGAGAUCAAUGCAUUGCUGUAUUCAGAUGAUGAUUAUGAUGAUGAUGAUUGCGAGAGUGAUGAUGAAGUAAUGAGCACUGGUCACUCUCCUUAUCUGAUUGAAAGAGUUUGCAACAAAAGAGAAGUGGAAGAAGAAGUCGAUGGUCCUUGUAAAAGGCAGAAGCUAGUGGAUAAGGUCAACAACUUGAGGGACUCAUCAUCACUUGUGGGCACUGAGAGCUCCACAAAACUCAAUGGAGGAUCGUCCUUUCUUCUCCCUGAAUCAAACAUCUCGACCAAAGAGGACACUGGUUCUGGUCUGAGCAACGAGCAGUCGAGAAGAGACAAGAUCCGGACAGCUCUGAAGAUACUCGAGAGCGUUGUUCCUGGUGCAAAAGGAAACGAAGCUCUCUUACUUUUGGACGAAGCCAUUGAUUACCUAAAGCUGCUGAAACGAGACUUAAUCUCCACGGAGAUUAAGAACCGUUGCUAA